CUUGCGAUCCUAAAGAAAAACCCCCUUUAAAACUGAGCAAGUUCUUUAGCGUACACCCCUGCCACAUUGACCACCAGCAACUUCAACAUCCUAGAUUUCCCUUGUUCCACACGGCGACGAUUCUGGCCCAUCUAUUCCCCUCCUGGAGACUUCCUAACUUUCUGGUCACCAUCGCUCAUAUCCGGAUCAACUCUUCUAACCAUCUCUGUGGCAUAGCUCUACAAUUGGUAGGGCUGUCGCAAGAUGGUUGCUCCCUUCGCAUCGACCACCCUCAACUUCCUCGCCACAUAUCUCCGCUCACAUGACGCUGGCCAACUGUUGGACAACAUUCCUCCCUACCAAGACCUAGACUGGAAAGACAACCUCCCCGGCGCCCCAGGCCGUGCGCUCGCCCUCGGAACAAGGCACGAUGUCGACAUCCUCGUCUGCGUCGUCCAGAACGGCGACAAGCCCGCGGAAUCGCGGUACUUCAUGAAGCACCCGGACUCGUCGAGCGUUAAGGCCAUUACCACGGACGAUGUGUGCGACGGCGCGGACCUGACAUUUCCGUUUGUCUGUUUGCAGGGCACGAGCAAGAGUGAGAAGCGCAACUUCAGCCUCCUGACCAAGUUCUAUUUCUCGCAGGCCGGGAUCGUGGAUGAGGCUAUGGAGGUUGCGCUGAAGGACUUCGCGAAGCGCAUGCAUCAUGUUCUAGAACUUAUUAAUUUUUACAUGCGUGAGCACCGGGUCCCAAAGCCGCGUGCAAGCAUACAGUCUCAGACGACUGAAAGUUCGGACGAGGAAGAGCAGUAUGAGGGUCAGCAGCGAGAGCAGUUAGAACAGGAGAUCGAGAGCGUCCAGUCGAAUCAACCAAAACAGAAAUCUCCAACCCGGAAACAGAAAGCGAAGUUGAAUAAUUACGACAUACCUCCAAUUAAUCAGAUACUGGAAUCCCUGGUUGCGCAGGAUGCAGAAGACCUUUUAGAUGUAAUCCCACCCGUCACUGAUAUGACGUUCGAGCCUCAAGACGUUGAUGAAAGAGCUGCAAGUCAUAAACUCUUUUUCGCCACGCAUAGCAAGGCCGACCGCUCAAUCUACGUUUUUCUUCGUCCAAGUAACGGAAAGUCACACCAUGAAGUUGUUUUUAGACAGGAAGGUCGCCGCGGCGUUGCUCCGCAACAGCUCUCAGCAGAAACGGCGAUCUCUCAGAACCUCCAGCGACCAUUCGACAAGCUACGGACAUGGCCCAUCGAAUCCUCAGUCAAAGCUCGCAUCAGCCUGAUGAUCAAAUUCUACUUCGGCUGGCAGGGCCUCAUCUCUCAAGACGUCUUGCUGCGCGAGACCGUCGACUUCUCUAGACGUCUCAAGAGCGCUCUAACGCAUAUCGAUGAGAAGAUCAAGAGAGAGCAACGCGACCCCUCCUGGACACGACCGGACUAUGUCAAUCCAGUUGUCAUCGCGGACAUAGACAACGCCUUCAACGAGCUCGAAGACUCUGACGAAAGCGACGAAGAGUCCGAAAUCGAGCUUGGCUUACCAUCCCCUCUCGUCCACCCUUCCAAACCUCAUCCUCCUCCUUCAACAGCAACAAUAACAGCCCGCGCAUCCGAACCACCACCAAAACCACAACUCACACGCCACGAAAGCCCCCUCAAACCCCCACCCCAACGACCCAUCAUCCCCUCCUCCAGCUCCACCGACACCCUCCCCAACAACCACCACCGCAACCACCACCACCACCCCUUCACCCUCCAAAAACACCAGCAACCCUCAACACCCGGCACCCUCACCCGCCACGCCAAACGCAAGCGCCGCUCCACCGAAGCCGAAGACCUCCGCACCUACCUCACACUAGACGAACACUACCAAAACCAGCUCGAGAGCAUCGACGACAAGCUCGCGGAGCUGCGCAACGAGGCCGCGUCGCUGAACACGCAGUGGCACGCGAUCAAGAAGAUGAAGAGAGAGAACUUGGAGGUGUUUAGGGGGCGGAGCGCGAGGUUUGGUAGGGAGGAUGAUGAGGAUGAUGAUGAUGAUGGUGGUGGUGGUGGUGGGAGUGGAGACGGGGCGGCUUCUUGAGGAGCGUCUUGAGACUUUUUCUUUUUUUGGGAUUUGGAGGGUUGGGAGGGAGGAGGUGCUUUUUUGUGAUAUACCCCCUUUUCUGUGUCUAGUUCUUCCGACUUUAUUGUCUUGUUUGGUUCGCUUUUAUAUUCGAUAUACCGCGUAGGGUUUU